AUGAUAACCUCUAACAUCGUAUAUCGUUGUGUUCACCCUGUCUUCUGGCAGGGCGCUACAGGCCGAUGGCGUUGUGCCCCAUGGGAAGGCGAAGGCGACCCGCAAGACGACUAUGAUAGUUUCGCAAGGUUUGAACCAGUCGGAAACAUCAGCGGCCUCCUACGCCAUUGCGUCAGCCAAAGAGCCGUCGGCACUUCAGGAAGGGCACUAUUACUCGACGAGGACAGCGACGACGAUGACCAUUGCAAUGUCGUGACAGCGCCGCUCCCCAAGACCGUUCAGCCCACCAUCGCCGCCGAUAACCUGCAUCUGCAGCCCUUUGAAGAGGAGUCGAAUGAUGCGGAUAUGCUGUUGCUCCACGUGCCGCGCCGGAACCGGUUUUUGCGGUCUCGCAGCCAAGGCUGGACGCUCAAUCGACACAGUCGCCAGUUUCGGAGCGAGGAAUCAGGCGAGCAUCCGCAAUCACAUUCAAAAGUGUACCAGGAUCCCAUCAGCCCAUUUUUCCGUGCGUACGGCAAUACGGAUGUCACGGCGCGCCCGGCAUCCUUCCAAACCUUGUUUCCCCCCCAUCCACGGGUCGUCUGUGAGGGCAGUGUUCCGCUCGCAACAGCGGCGGCGGCAUCAGGCGGUUCUGAAGCCUCUGGCCAAGACAACGAUGACGACGGCACCAUACGCAUCAUCACCCAGUCCCCCGAAGGGACAGUCGAGGAGGCGGCGGCGGCGGCGGCGGCAGUCCGGGCAGACCGCACCACCAGUGCCAUGACGCGCGCGAGCGUCGCUAAGACCAGCCAUCGACGUAGUGAACAUGGCAACGCUCGUCCCGGCAGGCGGCAGGACGAGCGGCGGAGGGCCUCAGCAGGCAGCAGCCCUGCCGUACCUGGGCCGACGGCGAAGCAGCCGUCAGCCCGAUUCCAUCUGUUCCGGAGCUUCCGGGAAAGCCACAGGCUGCCGACGCCGUACUCGACCGCGGGCGGUAGCGACGGCCGCAGACCGCAGCUCGUCCCUGGCGCCCUGGGCCGUGCGGCUUCCGACGCGGACUCAACGAGUUUGAAUUUCGGUGCUACAUCUUCUCCCUCUCCGAGCUGCUGCGCAACUGAUGAGGGCACCUCGCGCGCGUCCUCGGGUCACGUGGGAGACGACGCCAGAUGCAGCAGUCGAAGUACUGAUAGAGCUAGCAAUGAGGGCUACAUGUCUCACACGUCUACUAAGGACAUGUGCGUGCUUACGGCGGCGGCGGAGGCGGCGGUGUUAGCGGCGCCGAUGACGCCGCGAGCGGCAGCCCUGAGGGGCUGGAGCAGCCAGCAGAUUUUGUCCUGCACCGACAGCGGCCGGAGGAGCGGCGUCCGGUUUCUAAACGGGGCCGAUCUAAACUCCCCUCAGGAACAGAAGCCAUCCAUACCGCAGCCGCGACAAGAACGACAGCAACAACAACAACAACAACAACAACAACAACAACAACAACAACAACAACAACAACAACAACAGGUCACAUGCAUUCCGACACCUUCGCCACCGCGACGUCUUAGGCCGUUGACGCGGUCUCCGGAUCCCACAGCGCUGGGCUUCUCAGACUCGCCCCGAGCAGCCGCUAUCCCCUCGAGUGCAUUCGCACGGAUUCGUGUAACGUGUACGACACUGGAAAACGACUUCGCCUGCGGCGGUACGAGCGGUGGCGAGGACGGCAGCAGCUGCGGUGGCCGCAAGACUGAUUGGGUGCGUGGUGCGGAAUUGGCGGCUGGCCCUGGGCCCUACGACGGCGACGCAGCGGCGGAAGAGCGGCAGCAGCACCUGAAGCCGCCGUUGAGGCUGCCACGCCUGCUGCUGCCUGAGGCGGCUUCUUCCCCUACGGCUGGGCAGCAGCGAAGCUUUGCCGGUGUUCCCUGGAGUCCGCGUCCUAAGACCAGCAGCCAGCUAUUAGUCCGGUAG